CGUCAGUACAACGUCAUCAGUCACGAAGCACACGCCCUCUACUUUCGUAACUUUCCCUGUCUGCUGCGGCUUCAGACCUCUGCUGCGCUCGCACGUGAAUCAAGUCACCUUCGUUCAAGAUCUCUAAAUAGGCCCACUAAACCUACCCUUCAGUCAAGAUGUCUGCAGUGGAUUAUGAUGAGUAUGAGUCCAAGUUUAUGCGUAAAGCAAGAGAAAAUCCAUUUGUUCCUGCAGGAAUGGCUGGAUUUUUCGUUAUUGUGGGUUAUGGACUGUUCCGACUGAAAAGCCGUGGCAACACCAAGAUGUCAGUGCAUCUUAUUCAUAUGCGUGUUGCUGCCCAGGGCUUUGUUGUUGGAGCAAUGACGAUAGGUGUCAUCUAUUCAAUGUACAGAGACUACGUGUUGAAGCCCAUGGCAGAACAGAAAGCCCUGAACAGCAAAUGAACUGUUAUUUAUUUGAUUCAUUUCACCUCAUAGGUGUGUUAGGCCCUGUGUCCACCAAUCACAUUUUUUUUGCGCUGACAGCACCCUCAACCUCACUCUCAGAGUGCUUUGUCAACAUUACAAAGUUUUGAUUGGUCGUCAAGAGAGAAGUGACAUUGACGGGGCCAAGGGUGCUGAGCACUUAAUUUCAUAGGAUUUGUAUAGAAAAUGGCCACCGUCAGAGAAAAAGUGGGUUUGGUGGACAUAGGCCCUUAGUGUUUGAAAUGAUGGACUUAUGUAGUAAGUUUGAAGUGAUGGGAAUCUAAUCCCAUUUUAAAAAUAGCUGUGCCUCAGAUUUCUGAGGUCAUCUCUUUACCAUACUUUUGUGCCUCAUCAGACCUAAACAACAAUAUAUCUAUAUUUUUAAGAUCAUGUUUUGUAAAACAGCAGACUCUGAUCAGAUAAAGAAAGAAAGUGAAAAGCUGUGAACAUACAGUACCUGGUAUCGACAAAUGGUAUUUCUCUCCAUUGGUUCUGUUGUUAUAGGGAAAGGACACAAGCCAGGAAUCACUCACCCCUGGUAAUUUACUACUUAACACAAGACCAAAUAUUUUAUUUCUAAGAGCCUUGUGGUAUUUUCUUCCACAAUCUUAUUUAUUUCGUCAAGCUAAUGGACCUUAUUGACUACUUCUAUUUUUAACAGUUAGGAAAGAUAUGUCAUAAGUGAUGUUUUAUUUAUCAAAUUAUUUGCUGUGUUUUCUAACAGCCAUCACUGAAAUUGUUGCUCUGGUUAAACAAUGUCGUCUGUUCUGCUUCCGGCUUCUGUAUGAGUUUAUGAAGGCCCAGCAACUUCUAAAGCAGAACUCUGAAGAGCAGCAAUUGAGCUAUCUUAUACAGAUUUAAACAAACAGCUUAACUUGUCAGCCUUUGACAAUAAAAAUAAGUCACAACUGAACUAGCGCCUAACUUUUGUAUUAUACCUUGUUGCAUUCUAGCCUACCUCUCUUUUUAACAACACUUCUUCAGAAUUAUGAAAGUUUUAAUGAAUCUGACAGUCAAGGCUAUGGAGAAAAGGUGCUAUAAGCGAUGUUGGGUAAUGUCACUUCUGUUGGUGUUCAGUUAGCUAUUCCCUUCCCCUCCCUCCUGUGCAAUGGAAACUUUCCUAAAUACGCAUCUCGUCGGUGAUUGGCUGGAUGUUUUUAUGGUCCAGGUUGGACCAAGGUGUUUUUGGAGCCUGGGCUGUCCAGAGGCUGCAUUUUACAGUGUAUUCAGGGCACAGGCAGAGAUGGUGAGGCGAUGUUUGCUGUAUGUGACCACAUAACAUGGCUUAGGGCCACCUUUUGAGGUCUGUUGUACUGUAUCUUUUUGUGAAUACAUAGAUUUGAUAGUCUACUGUAUUUGUACACUGACUCAAUGCAAUAAAGGGUGUUUUAAGUGGUU